AUGUUUUUUCUUAUUUCUUCUGAUAUCAGUUUAAGUGUUGAUCCUUCCAAUACAGAAAUAUCGGUAAAUUCUACUGAAGAAAAUCAGACUACUGAAAGUCCUGAGAAUCAGACUAUUAUAGAUGCUACUACCAAAGAAUCUGUAAUAGAUAGUGAUAACGAAUCUGUUACUGAAGUUGCAACAGCUGUCGAUGAUGUUACUGAUCCUUCAAUAUUGACAACAACAGCCACCAGCAGUCGAACUUCAACAACGAAAGUGAAUAGUGAUUAUUUUUCUCAAACCAACUCAGAAGGUUGUGAAUCAAAGGCAGUAAAACAGCACACAGAGCUUUCCUUACCCGAGCUCUCACUAGUAGGUAAUAUACUGCCAGAGUUAUCCUUACUCGACCUCUCACUAGUAGUAUAA